AUGCCGAAGGCGUUGGUGGUGGUUGUGUUGUGUGCGCUGUGUGAAGUGCACGCGCGCUAUGCGUUCUUCCGCUCGAUAGGGCGCGACGCCUCUGCACGGCGCAUCUUCGGCGGCAUGGAGGCCCCGGCGGGCGCGUACCCGGGCGCGUGCGCGCUGCUGGACGCGUCGCUGGCGCCGCGCUGCUCGUGCGCCGUGCUGGCGGCGCGCUGGGCGCUCACGGCGGCGCACUGCGCGAAGCCUCACGUCGCCUACGUGCAGUUUAAUGGACGGGAUCGCUCCGACUCCAAUCUGGCGACUGUAAAGCUCAUCUAUGCACACCCUGGGUUCGAGGCCGUGGUGAGGGACAUGGGCGAGGGCCCGGACGUGGUGACGCUGGAGCACGACCUGGGGCUGGUGCGCACGCGCGGCGACAUGUUGCUCUCCUCCUACUCGUACUUCCCCGUCCCCCGCGCGCCGCGCACCGACGGAGACAUCGUGCGUGACUUGAAGCUGUACCAAAUUGACGAUCUGCUAGAUAAGGAUAUUGAUAUUCUGGGCUAUGGUAUGACGGAGGCGAAACCGGCGGGCGAGCGACUGCGGGAGGUGCGGCUGAAGCUGGCUACGUGCGGGCGCGAGGGCUGGCGGCAUUGCGCCUGCGCGGUCGGCGCGGUCAGCGGCGUGUGCUCCGGCGACUCGGGCGGGCCCGUGCUCUACAACGGCACGCAGGUACGUGCUCCAGCCCGCGCGCCGGCGCCGGCGGGCCUCGUGCGGGCGCGAGGGCUGGCGGCAUCGCGCCUGCGCGGUCGGCGCGGUCAGCGGCGUGUGCUCCAGCGACUCGGGCGGGCCCGUGCUCUACAACGGCACGCAGGCACGUGCUCCAGCCCGCGCGCCGGCGCCGGCGGGCCUCGUGCGGGCGCGAGGGCUGGCGGCAUCGCGCCUGCGCGGUCGGCGCGGUCAGCGGCGUGUGCUCCGGCGACUCGGGCGGGCCCGUGCUCUACAACGGCACGCAGGCACGUGCUCCAGCCCGCGCGCCGGCGCCGGCGGGCCUCGUGCGGGCGCGAGGGCUGGCGGCAUCGCGCCUGCGCGGUCGGCGCGGUCAGCGGCGUGUGCUCCGGCGACUCGGGCGGGCCCGUGCUCUACAACGGCACGCAGGCACGUGCUCCAGCCCGCGCGCCGGCGCCGGCGGGCCUCGUGCGGGCGCGAGGGCUGGCGGCAUCGCGCCUGCGCGGUCGGCGCGGUCAGCGGCACGUGCUCCAGCCCGCGCGCCGGCGCCGGCGGGCCUCGUGCGGGCGCGAGGGCUGGCGGCAUCGCGCCUGCGCGGUCGGCGCGGUCAGCGGCGUGUGCUCCGGCGACUCGGGCGGGCCCGUGCUCUACAACGGCACGCAGAUCGGCGUGAUGUCGAUGGGCCCGGUGGAGUGCGGCGCGCCGGCGCCGCUCGGCGGGCAGGCCUCGGCGGCGGCCGUCUCCGUGUUCACGAUGCUCCGGCCGUACGCCGAGCUCAUCAACUCCACCAUCUACGACGUGGACACAGCGAUGCGCAUGCGCGAAGUGGCGCGCGCGGCGGCCAGGAGACGCAGGGCCGUGCAAGUGGUAUAUGCGGCGUCGCUGCUACUCUGCAGGAGCUUAUAACCGCCAGCCCGACUCGCCAUGCACUCACGCAGUCUCCAGCCAUCCCGUCCUGUCCUGAUGUCUCCUGUCCUGAAGUCUACUUUUGUUUC